UAUUGACUUUUAAUUUGUGAUUUGCAAAGUGUUUCCGGCAACAUGGAAGAAGUUGUGACGGACGUCGUAGCUCCCGAAGAUUUACAGAGAUUUGAGAAAAAAUAUAACGCUGAGCUGGUGAAAGGACCUGUAUCUAAAGAAACCAAAUUUGAAUAUGCAUGGUGCUUGAUCAGGAGUAAAUAUGCUAAUGACAUCAAGAAAGGCGUUACGCUCUUGGAGGAGCUGUUACAUAAAAGCACAAAAGAUGACCAAAGAGAUUUUCUGUUUUAUUUGGCUGUUGCAAACUACAGACUCAAGGAAUAUGAAAGAGCUCUAAAGUACAUUCGCAUUCUCCUCAGAAAUGAACCAGGAAAUAAGCAGGCCAUCGAACUGGAGAAGCUCAUCAACCAGGCACUAAAGAAAGAUGGCCUAGUUGGCAUGGCUAUUGUUGGGGGCAUAGGCUUGGGAGUGGCAGGAAUAGCAGGACUGAUUGGGAUGGCAGUGGCCAAAUCAGCAAAACCCCAAUAAAGGAGUUGGGGGAGUAUCUUGAUUUACCACAUCCUCCUUUGUAAGAGAAUGUCUGGCUUAACAACAGAGACUGGUUUACCAUUAUUUAAUUACAGGUGUUAUAAGGAAGUGGUCUGACCUAGCACUAUGUUAUAAAUCUUAUGCUGUUAAUUGUUUUCUUUUUUUUCUCCUUGUCUCAUGUUUUUAAUUGUACAAAUUUGUGACCUUACUUUAACAAUGAAGCCUCAUAUUUUAUCAAUUUAUUGCACAAGCCAGUUUGAUUUGGGUGAGAUGUAUGCAUGUUUUAUACUUUUGUCUCCACACCUUUAGAAAAAUAAGGGAAUCCUAAUGCAAGGUUAGCAGGUCUUAUGCAGUUAUUAGAGAGUAACACUUUAAUACAGAUGUCUGGGUUUCUAAAUUGAGCAUAAUGUACAGUCUAUAUAAUACAGAAAUUUGUUUCCAUUCA